CGCACGCACACACACACAAUAAGGACGCCAAAGGAGAGAAAAACAAACACAAAGAGGAGGACAGGACAAGCGCUUUUUCCAGAAAUUGGGUCGCGCCUUUCUUCGAGCUUGUUGCUGGAUUUCUCCUCAAUUUGUAUUUAUACAAAAAACACAUACUUACAAAUUGUUGAGCGCGGUGUGUGUGUGUUGUUGUUGUUCUUCUUCUUCAUCAUCAUCAUCAUCAUCAACGUCUUGGUCUUUGUCGUUUGUUUGUUGUAACUGUGGCUCUUGUUGUUGUUGUUGUUGCUGGCAGAGGGAGCGAAAAGCGAAUAAGCGAAUGUUAUGGCAACACUUGCAGCCUGCGUUUGUGUGAGUAAACUGAGGAGAUUGACAAAUAAGGAUAGGAAGCCCUAUACAUAUAUGUAAAUAUAUAUAUGUAUAUACAUAUGUGUAUAUAACUAACAAAAUCCUGCUCCAAUUGAUGGCAACUCCCGGAGUGUGUGUAUGUGUGGAGUGAGCCAUCGUUAGCCAGAGAGCAGCCAGCCAGUUAGGAGCCUUAAAUCUCCACCAGAAACUGUUCAGUAGCCGCAACAGGAAACCCUCCAAAAACCCGGAAUCCAACCAAUAAAUCCUAGUCAAUAUGAGUGUGGUGGGCAAACAACUAAAUCCCGUGCAGCAGUCCUCCGCUGGAGCCGCCGCCGUUGCCGCCAGCGCCUCUUCAUCCUCCUCCUCUUCAGUCAGCGGGACGAGUGCCACCAGCAGCGGCGUCGGCGGCGAGGCCAAUGGUGGCACCAACUCCGGUCUGGCAGCAGCGGCGGCGGCGGCGGCGGCGUCCUCCUCCGGCGUCGGUGGAGAUGGAUGUGCUGGUGGUGCAGGCGACUCAAAGCGAUCGACGGAGCCCUCCAGUGUGACGCCCGAAGAUGUGCUGCAUCUGACCAAGAUCACCGACGACUAUCUGUGCUCCGCCAAUGCAAAUGUGUUCGAGAUUGAUUUUACACGCUUCAAGAUCCGUGAUCUGGAGAGCGGUGCGGUGCUCUUUGAGAUUGCCAAGCCGCCGAGCGAACAGUUCCCAGAUGGACUAUCCGUCGAGGAGACCAUGCUGGCGGCAGCCGAGGAGCUAACGCUGGAGGACACUGCCGAUCCGAAUGCCGGCCGCUAUGUACGCUAUCAGUUUACGCCGGCAUUUCUCAACCUCAAGACAGUGGGAGCCACUGUGGAAUUCACGGUGGGCAGCCAGCCAGUGAAUAAUUUCCGUAUGAUUGAGCGUCACUUCUUUCGCGACCGCCUGCUCAAGACCUUUGACUUUGAGUUCGGCUAUUGCUUUCCAUAUUCAAAGAAUACGUGCGAGCACAUCUACGAGUUUCCUAAUCUUCCACCCGACCUAGUGGCUGAGAUGAUAUCGAGCCCCUUUGAGACACGCUCGGACAGCUUUUACUUUGUGGAAAACCGACUCGUCAUGCACAACAAAGCCGAUUACGCCUACGAUGGCGGCAUUAUAGUCUAAACAAAAAUACAAAAAACGCAAGAAUCUAAAACAAAAGAAAAAGAUCUACAAAGGAGAUAUGAAAAAGGAUCUAAAAGCAGAAUCUACAAAUGGAAUCUAAGAGGAUCUACAAAAAGAACGAUGAAGAAAACAAAAACUACAACUAAGGAGGAGGAUUGAAGGAACUAGAGCAAAACUAAUAUAACUAAAAAUUACUACAAAAGCUGUGAGACAAAAUCCAAAUGAAUUGUCACACACACACCACACACUCCAAACACACACUCUACACACAUCGAAUUUGAGGGAAUUAUCACAGCCAUUUUAGCCUUAGCACGAGAGUUUUACCCACCAUUCCUGUUUGAUGUAUUUUAGCAAGGAUAAAGACAAACACACAUACACACUCAUGAUACACACAUAAAACACACACCGAAGCACGCAAACUGUGUUCAUUUAAUAAAUAAUUUCCCCGAUCUUUAAUUUUAA